AGUUUACGGCAAUUGCACUACUACCACUACGUCUCGCCAGUGAGUAGUCAGUUAUAGUAUUUGCUGAACGUAUUUGCUAGUAAACAGUGUAUAGUAAUCUGUAAAGCGUUACGCGCUACACGCCAAGUUCGUAGUGUCGUCGAAUUGAUAAUAUACAUUUUUGUUUUGCCGUACGUUUGUUUGUGCUUGAGAAAUCGUAUCGUUUUGUACCAAAAUUUUAAUCUAGUCCAUUUGUGUUUGUGUUCAUUUGUAACAAUAAAAUUUAAUAAAUAAAUACUUAAGCUAUUGCGUAAAUUACCUAUUACUUAAUAGUGUUUUGACGUGUACAAGUGGCUAAAAAAUAAGAACUAAGCAGUUAUUUCCAUGAUACUCUGUUGCACAAUAUCGAAUAUAAUUAUUUCGUUAUAGUUCUUUAUUAGUACCUUACAAUAUAAUAUAAUUAUCUCGCAAUAAAUUUAUUUCAUUAUCGAACGUUGUACGUCAAAGACGUCUUCAUCAGUAACUUGAUUAUAAAAAUACAGUUAAAAUUUCUUUCCAAAGCAUGUGGUCAAAAAGUAAUGCGGAUAAAUUGAAAAUGGCACUUUCAGGAAAACGCGAAAAAUUACAAUCGUCCAAGACCGAUAUUACUUCUAAAGAACUUACAAACGUAAAAAUGGAUUCCGGAUUCCUGUCCGACGCCAACCUAUCAUGCGACAUGCUGUCUAAAGAAAAUAUCGAGUAUGAUACGAAAAGCGAUCACUCCUCUAAAGACGCUGCCAAAACUACUCUAGACAGUGGAUUAGAUAUUGGGGAAUCAGAGUGUCUGAGUGAAUUAGAUGUAGACAGUAAAAUUACUAAUCAAAUGCAGACUAAUAGCGAACCCAAUUGGAAGUUGUAUUUUCAGCCCAACGAAGACGGAGAAACGCAGCUUCAUUUGACUAUAUUACAUGGAUACAUAGAAGCAUCAAAGCGGUUAAUUGACAUUUGUCCUGAUUCAAAGUAUCUUGAUAUUCGAAACGACAAUGGCCAAACUGCCCUUCAUUUAGCAGUUUUGACGAGUCAGUGUGAAAUUGUUCAUCAUUUAAUGAUUGCCGGCGCCAAUGCAGAAAUAUUAGACUUUAAUGGUAACACGGCAGUGCACUUAGCGUGUUAUGUCGGUAAAUUGGAUACUUUGCGAAUAAUAUCUAAUUACGUUCUACUACCAAAAUUGUUAGACUUGGUCAAUUACGAUGGUUUGGCUUGUAUUCAUAUAGCGACAAUCGCGAACCAUUUAAACGUAGUAAGAUUUGUAGCUAAUAAUGCCCGAAACGUUAAUAUUACUGACUAUAAAAGCGGUUAUACAGCAUUACAUUUUGCAGUAGCGCUCAACAGGGCAACUCUAAUUGAAUGUCUAUUGGAUAAAGUAGAUCCUAAUGUCGAGAGUUACGCAGGCCGUUUAGCUUUCGAAGUUGACGAUUAUGAUGACGAAGAAGAAGAUGAUGAAAUUAGUGAUGACCUUGUAAAUUCAAUGAAUGUACUUCAGUUUCCUAACAACAGUAGUCCAGUAAUUUGCUGAUCUAUAAGAUAUGAAGAUAGCUUUUAUACAGAAUUUUUAAACAUCCUAGACUAGACAGUCAAUAGCGCCACCAGCUAAUAUUUUCAUAUGUAUAUUUUUUUUAAUAAUUUUAAUUUUAAAUAAUUUUAGCAUGUAAAAAUGGAAUUUAACGACAAACAUUUUAUUUUGUUGUAUUUUUUAAAUUAUUAUUAUUGAUGUCAUGUUGUGAAUUAUUAAUUUAAGAGUUAUUAUUGAACAUUACAAACGCACUUUACUUGUUAUGUGCGUGCAAUAUCCUUUUAUCAGUGUUUCUAUUAUUGUUUAGU